AUGCAGAAACUCGAUGACCCUUGCAGUUCUUUGGGGAAACCAAUUAGUAUCGCUGCCUUUUUCAUGCCGCUCUUUGUCUACUGGUGCAUCUUUCUCGCUGUCUCUCCAACAAAUGAGGAAUCAUUCACAAGAAUCUGCUCCUAUCACGGUUGUUUCGUAGCAUUUUUCGGGGCUGCUGUCCCUCUGGAUUUAAGCUUUGUCAAUUUACGUGUUCUUUUUGGCGUCGUAUUUUUCGAUAGAAUCAUUAUGUUUCUAAAUAAUUUUGUACCUAUCGGCGAACCGUCUGUUGUCGUUUUCGCUGCACGUCGGUGGCAGCGCAGGUGCUAUCGAAUAUUGGUUGUUUUGUUCUGUCUUCUUUCUGCGGUUCUAUACGUUUAUGUGUGUGCUGAAGUUGUUAAUGGCUCCCAGUUACUUGAUCUGCGGAACUUUCUGGUAUCAUUCUUCCUUGGUGCAUGGGUUGAUGCUCUUCUUUUCGCGAUACACGCUCUUCUGAAAUCCCGACACAUUCGUGGUUCUUCUACUGCACUAGCCAAGCAUUCGGGUAACAUCAUUUUGGACUUUUAUAACGGCAGUGAAAUCCGCCCUAUAAUUUGCGGGCUGGAUAUCAAAGUUUCCUCCUACUUUGUGUCCAUUAUCAGAGGCUUUACCCUUCAACUGGUCUUUGCGAUCUAUCAGUACGAUGAACAUGCGACCCUUAGUUUUGGUCUUAUGACUUUGCUUCUCUUUCACGGUAUCUAUAUAUUGGACUUCUUUAUCUACGAGCCUACGAUUCUUCAUGCCCAUGACAUUGUCUACUAUGGCUGUGGUCUUCGAUGGUUUCAGAACGUCCUCCUCGUCUGGCCUUUAUUACAAAGCCUAAGCGUUUUAUAUCUGGUCCACAAUUACUAUGAUGUUCAACUCUCUUGCUACAGUUUUUCUGCUGCGGGUGCAAUUCUCUUCAUUCUUGGCCUUUAUAUUCGUCGACAGGCCAUCAAUCAGAAGUUCUUUUACCACGAUCCACAAGGUCAUUCAUUUGAUUCCUCGAAUUCUUUAAACGCUACCGCGAGUCAAAACAUCACAGCAGUUGGUUGGUGGUCUUGUGUCCGUCAUCCCGACUACUUGGGUGAACUAAUUCUGUUGCUUGGUCUGGCCUUGACUACUGGAGUUGGUAGCGUUGUUCCAUGGAUUGCACCGGUGUGUGGGUUUUUUGAUGUACUUUUGCGCAUUCACUGGGACGAGCGGACGAGCUUGAAGAGGUAUGACAAGACUGCGUGGAGGAAGUACACUUCUGCUGUACCCUACCGUCUGAUUCCACGUAUUUACUAG